AUUUUAAGACAAUUUCAUUAUAUUAAAAGAUUUAACAAAUAAACAUUUUGAUUAAAUAAAUUCCAAGGAACUACAAAAUAAUAUAAGGAUUAUUAAAAUGAAAUUUUCUAUAAUUUUGAUAUUUAGUUGCAUAUAUCUACUUGAUAGUGUUAAUAGCAAAUCAAAAUAUUAUGAUGGACCGGAUCGAGCCUAUAAAUUUGGUUAUUCAAUAGAAGGAAACCAACAUAGACAAGAACAAAAAGACGAGAAUGGAAUCAUAAUGGGCGAAUUUGGUUUUAUAACAGGGGAUGGUGUUUAUCAUGUCACUGGAUAUGGUACAGAUGAGAAUGGAAAUUUUAAAAUUCUCUAUAUGAAAAAUAUUAAGAUUGGAUUACCUGGUGAACCUGGACAACAACCUGCACCUAAAAAUUUAGGUGGAGGAUUGCCUGAGCCAUCAUUUCCUAGAGAAACACCACCACCAUCACCUUCAGCACCAUCUCCAUCCGAAGGACCUAAAGCUCCAAAAGCUUCUGACGUAGCUUCAUGUGGAUCUUGUAAAAUACCUGAAAUUGAAAAAGGAGUCAGUGCAGCUUCAAAAACUCAAUCUUCGCCAAAUGCUAACAGUAUUGCACAGGCCCCUAGAACUUCAAGUGCAGGAAGUGGAAUUGGAGGCUCUACGUCAGGAAGAGGUCCAGGAAAUUCAGUGCCAUCUUCAGCUGCCGGUUCUAAAGGUGUACAAGGAAGACAAGGUAAAGCACUAGGUUUUGAAAAUCCAAAUGCACCACAAAAUAAUGGAGGAGACCAAAGCGUCGAUUCACGAAUAUCAUCUAGUCAAAAUGGUUCACCUAAAUCACCCUCUGGAUCCUUAUCACCCUCUGGAGGAAGCUCUUCAGGUCUACCAGGGCAAGCAGGUUUGGGAUCUGGAUCAGGAUCUGGAUUAGGAUCAGGAUCUCCAUCAUUAUCUGGUGGUGUAGGUUCAAGCGAUCCAAGUGGAAUUUCUAUUGCUAGCAAUAAGCCUGGUGGAGUUGCACCAAUUGGAGGAUCUGGUUCACCAUCAAAGAUACCUUUAGAUUUAUCAAAAAUGCAAGAUAUUAUCAAUGGAAUAUUAUAUAAAUUUAAUUAUACAGCUGGCUAUCAUGGACAUCACGAGCAAGGUGAUCAUAUAGGCAAUAAAGAUGGUGGUUAUUUCUCUGUAUCUCGUGAUGGUUAUCAUCGUGCUGUAGAUUACACAGCUAAUGAAAACGGUUUCCAACCAUAUAUUAAAUUAAGACAAGCUGCUGAUAAUGAAGUACCGAAACCAGAAACUGAAAAAGAAGCAGGACUUAAAGGAUAUGAAUUUAAAUGGUUUAAUUUAGGUGAAGGCAAAAAACAAUAGUUAAAUAAGUAAAAUAUAAUAUAAAUAUCACCUAUAAUUUAAAAACUGAAAAAAAAAAGAAAUAAAAAAAACAUCAGCGUGCUACAAAAAAGGAAUGCAUACUAAAAACUAAAGUAAAACUAAAGUGUUAUAUUGUACAUGCUUUCAUCUUAUCGUCGAAUAUCAACAUCAAAACCCAAAUUAUUCGUACUGAAAAAUUAAGAUCAAGUUAAAAUAUAGAAUGUAUUAAAAAUUUCAACUUAUGGGGUACAAAACUUGAAUUAUAAAUAGUACAAAAUUUUUAAUUUGAAAUACAUUUGAAAUUUUUCAUUUGGGUUUUACAGUUCAAAGGCAAAUAUAAGGUGUUUACCAAAAUCCAGAUUCAUCCAUCAAUUGAAAUUGCAUUGCUGAAUAAAUCAAAUUGACGUUAGAUCUGCAUUUUAGUAAAUGUUCAUAUUCUUAAAAUUAGAACGAUUACUUGAACAAAAGUUAUAGAAAUUGAAGUUAAAUGUUA